AUGUCUCGAAAGAGGCUCGCCGAUUGGGAUCUUCCCACGCCCGAGUCUCCCUCUCGGAAACGUCAACGAUUCGUACCUAAGCCAACAGCGAGCCUUCCCCGAAAGAGGUAUCCCAAGCAUAAAGACUCGAGAGUGGGAGAGGACUUCCACAGCGUGCCAUAUCCUCUCACUCUUCUACCAAAGACGUCAUGGCAGGCCUUCAACCAGGGCGAAGCAGACGGCGUAUGCGCGUCGUGUGGGAAAGCCCGAGAAGCAUCAGCACAUCAGCGGAAAUUGUUCCUCGUCGCCGAGCGAUUGUCCUGGGAACAAGGCACCGUUGGCUACUCGUCCAGGAGUCAAAAUGAGGAAAUACUGUGGGCUUGUAAUGCCGAGCUAGGCAUUUUUCAGCCGGCAGAUCUGGCUGUGGAGGACGAUGAAGUUGUUAUUGGAGGGCGGCGGAGUAAAGACGACGUCUUAUAUCCAUACAGAAGUGAAGCGGAAGUAGAGUUUGCAAUGAGACUGAUUGCUACUGCGGAAGUGCUGAGUGAGGCAUCAUGGACGUUGUGGAAAGGAAUGGUAGAGAAGAUGGUGAAAAUGAUGAAAACCACUCAAGCAGGAGCGAGCCUCACUGAUAGUCUACAUCCCGACGUUGUAUGCGCUUCGCCUCGACGCUCUCCAAGGAAAAAUGGCAAACAAGCCAUGCAUUCACUCCUGACACCACCAAGCUCGAAUCUGGAGGGAUCGUCUGUUGCCUCAAAAGGCCCGUCACCUACUCUCAGCUACGACACGCUUCAGAAUUUUUAUAGCCUUCUGGACAAGAUCGAACGAACUUCUCCGAUCGGUGCUCGAUUUCUGGAAGCGUAUGCGGAUCGAUUGCAUGCCGAGACAUGUCAUGGAUGCUGGUUUGCAGGCAUUGCAGUAGCUGGCGAGGAGGACGAGUUAAUCUUGCCGACUCGAUCAUCGCCUCGAUCAUCACGGAGGCAGUCAUUGUUCCCUGGUUCAAGUGCAUAUGAUCCUGCGCGGUACAGUAGCCCUCGCACUACGCCGAGGUCGAGACCUCGUGGCGAGGGCUGA